GUUUAUGCCGUGGUUUAUACUUCAUUCUGGUUGGUGAUGAAAUUCUUCAGACUGGUUCAAGGAAUAUACUACUCACUGGUUUAUAGUGAUCUGUGAUGAAAUUGUUUUGAUUUAAUCUGGAUUUGUGAGAUCAGAGAUGUAAAAAAUAAAUUGAAAAAUGUCGAAAAUAUAAAAGUUUUUCAGCGUUUUUUUAUGAGUCUAUCAAUACUUAUAACUCAAAAAAUAAUAAUAUUUAAGUAGUUGAAAAUCUUACAACAUGCAUAAUAUAUCUGUUUUGAGUUUUUAAUUUGUGAGUGGAUUUUACAAAAAAAAAAUACUGAUCAUCUGAUAAUCAUGGUGCCGGUAGUGAUGGAAGGGUGUGCUCAAGGAACUGAAGGUGGUGGAGCUCGCGGUGGUUCUAUUUCACUUGGCUUGCUUAUAGAUUUCAUUGUACAAAGAACUUACGAUGAACUUACAGUAUUGGCAGAAUUAUUGCCUCGCAAAACUGAUAUGGAGCGAAAAAUUGAGAUCUACAAGUUCAGUGCCAGGACAAGACAGUUGUUUGUACGAUUAUUGGCUUUGGUCAAAUGGGCUAGCAGCGCUACAAAAGUGGACAGAUCUGCUCAUAUUAUGGCUUUCCUAGACAAGCAAGCCCUGCUUUUUGUUGAAACUGCUGAUGUUUUAGCUCGUGUCGCUCGAGAGACACUUGUUCAUGCCAGGUUGCCAACAUUUCAUAUGGCUGCAGCGGUAGAGGUGUUAACUCUUGGCACAUACAGUCGUCUGCCAGCUGUGAUACGUGAGAGACUUGUACCUCCACCACCACUGACACCAGCAGAACGCCGGACUACCUUACGGGCACUAGCUCAUGUAGUGCGGCAGCGCCUCACAACUGCCUCACUGCCUACUGAUGUUAGGAACUUAAAGGUGGAAAAUGGACGAGCAACAUUUACUGUUGGGCAAGAGUUCAGUGUAUCUUUGACAGUCAUGGGUGAUGCACCAAAUGUGCCUUGGAGGUUAUUAGAUAUUGCAAUCCUAAUUCAAGAUAGUGAAACUGGAGAGGGUAAGCCAUUGGUGCACACGUCACAGCUAAACUGGUUGCGCGGCGUAGCUCAGGCCAGGUUAGCUGCUGCUGGUCUGAGCGGCGCGCUCACGGCUCUCCGUUAUUUUUGCCGCUCACUCUCCUUAGAACUGCUCUAUACGCAGACUCUACGUCUCUGCCGCGAUCGCCUGGCACGCCAUCUGCAAGUUGACAGAUACAUACCUGGGCAGAAGCUACAAGUUUCAUAUUGGAGGGAGCUGGGUUGCGAGCUCGGGUAUCGUCUGAUCAUCGGUGCGGAGGGCGAGUCUCUGUGCGUGUGGCAUGUGCCGGCGCUCGCGGGCGGCGAGCGCGUGGCGGCCGCGCUCACGCCGCAUGCGCCCUCCAUGGAGCGCCUGUUGGCUCACACGGUACACGUGCGGUCUAGACAGCGGCUUAACGACCUCAAGGUCCUGCUUAACGACUUAGGGGUGGAGUGCAGUGUGGGCGGCUGGCCGUGCGUGCUGGCGUGCUCGGUGGUGUGGCCGUGCCUGCGCGCGGAGCAGCUGCUGGUGUCGGUGGGCGCGCACGGCGGGCGCCUGCGCGCGCGCGUGCCCGCCUACCCGCACACGCCUCGCAUGCCCGAGCUCGCCGCCGCGCUCACCACCGCCAACCGCACGCUCGUUCGCCAGCUGUUGACGCAUCUCAGAUUUUGGCUAGUGGCGCGCCGUUGUGAAAAAACUCUGCAACACCUACCGGCGAGUGUCUGUGAACAUCUGCCGUUCCUUCACGGACCAGACCAUCCACUGAACAAACUAGCUCCCGACCGCCUUUACGUCACGCUACAUCGACACACGGAUCAUAUACUAGUGGUGGAAAUGAAAGAGGUGGCAGCGGGCGGGACGGCCACCACCAGCUCCAGCAACAACAGCGGCAGCGCGUGCAGCGUGGCGCUCGCCUUCCACCUCGCGGGCGCACGCCGCUGCACGCCUGACGAGUGUGAAGAUGAGGCAUCUUCGUCGAAUAACGCAGCAUCUUCGACAGCCCGUGCUUUUCUCAAGUUGCACUCACUUGUCGAACUCGACACAUUCACUCUCACACACGGGCCUUUCACACCACUUGAUACACCUGGCAUGCAGCCAGGCAAGCGCAAGCUGUCGGCUGCGAACAGUCGCGCGGUGCGAGUGCGUCAGCCCGCGUACUUCUUGCCCGAACUGGCGCACAUGGUGGCAGCGGCCGACGAACGAGUGCCCUUUGUAAACCUCGCGCAAGAGCUGGCAGCACGCGGGGUGACCCACGGCGGGGUACAAGCAGAAUGGUCAGGGUCGGCGCUAGGCAUGCGAAUCGUAGCGCUGCCACGGCCCGAGGGCGCCAGUGAGGCCGCGGCCGCCGCCCUGCGCACGCGUCUCCUCGCGGCCACCGUGCGCCUCACCACCAAGAACCAAGCGAGGGUGUGGACUGCAGAAAUUGUCUUCCACGGCUCUCCCGUUGCUACACCUAAUCCUAAAGAACAAGGAGAGCGCCGCUGCGUGUACCUCCAGUACGAGCUGGGUACGGACGCGGGGCGCACUGCGGACGCAUUCUUAGCAGAUUGGGCAGCCAUCGUACAUUUGCACACGCUUUUAUACGACUUUAUGCUCCGACCCAGUCAAGAACGCGAGUCGCUUUGGCAGGGCGUGUGUAUACGCUCGUACACGUAUCGUUCGCUGGUGCUGGGGUGGGGUGCGGCCGCACGCGCCACGGCCGUGCUGCAGUGGAACGCCAGCACUCAGCGGUAUACCGUAGCCACUCCCGCGCAUCAACCCGCGGCCAAUGCCCACCAUCUCUUGCAUCACCAUCUGGAUCACUAUAUCAACUGGCACAAGGAGCUGAUGUCGCUGGGCGUGGUGCUGCGCGAGACGUACGCGCCACUGCUGGCGCUGAGCCGCCUGCCCACGCUGCCGCAGCUGGGCCUGCACCACGUGCGCACGCUCAUGCCCACGCCCACCUUCACGCUGCUCGCCCACUCCUGGAGAAAGAUCCGCAUAAUAUACGCUGGCGCUUAUUCAAUAGAAGUUGGAAUUCGAGGGGGCGGCAUGGUCACGAUACGCGACGGGUCCUACUCUAAGUUCGACCGAAGCACUGUUGUCGACGAAUUUGCUCCAGCACAAGGACUUAAGACAUUCCUGUCGAGAUACGUUGAUGAUAAUAUCAGUGCGAGACUGCUAGCAGAAGACGACAAUCCACCAUCGCCGAUGUCCCCAAUGCCUCCAGGUCUUCGCUUCCCCGCGCCCCUCACUCCGCCUCAACCGCACACGCCUCACUCCGCGCCCGUCACACCGCACCCGGCCUCUCCGGCUCAUCAGAUGGGUGGCGGUUCGUUUAACCUGACGUCUCCGCCGGGCGGAGCGGGCGCGGGCGGCGCGGCGGGCGGCGCGGGCGUGUCAGCGUCGCCCGCCUCGCCCAUGGCGCCGUCGCCGCUGGCGCCCGCCGCGUCGCCGCACCCGCCGCCCACCUCGCCCUUCACCGCGUGGCCUGCCUCGCCGUCGCUGCCGCGGCCCUCGCCCGGCCACCACCCCUCGCCGCGCCACCACGUCGAGCACAAGGGGCCGCAAGUGAGUUCGUCGUCGGCGGCGGGCGGCGUGCGCGGCGCGGGGGCGCGCGGCUGGGGCGGUGCGCUGGGCACGCCGCUGGCGGUGGGCAAGCUGGAGGCGCUGUGCUCGCCCUCCGAGCCACCGCCCGGCGCGCCGCCCGGCCCGCCGCUCGCGCCGCUGCAGCGCUUCCUCGCCUGCGUCUACAUGAAGCGCGCACUGCAGCGCUUCGUGCACCAGGAGGAGGCGUUGAGCAUGAUGAGUGCGGACGCAACGUCGCUGACGUUCCGCUGCGAGGGCGCGGGGCUGGCGGCGCGCGUCACGCUGCACCCGCAGCACAUGCAGUCGCUGCACCUGCAACUCACGCCGCUCGCCGACGCCAAAGACAACUGGUCCGCCGACGACCUGCAGGUAAUGGAGAAGUUCUUCGAGCAGCGCGUGGCGAUCUCGCCGUUCCGCGCGACGGCGCUGCAGGGCUGGGCGCGCGCGUGGGGCGCGCCGGGCGCCGCGCUGCCGUCGCUGGUGGCGCUCAUGCGCGCCGACCUGGCGCCCGUGGCGCCCGCGCUGUGGACGCUGCACUGGCUGCUGCGCAUCCCGCCCGCCGGCUCGCAGAUCGUGCCCGCCGGCCAGCCCGCCGUGCUGCUCGCUAAGCACAAGAUACUCUUCUUUGUAUGUUUAACACGAGGCGAGACGCAGUUACUUCUACCACUAGUAUACGACGUGCAGUCAAACGCGAUGCAAAUAGCCGAAAGACGCGAAGGUCAACAGCCGCACCUCCUCGCUGUCAAUAUGCAUCUCAAACGGUUCGCGGAAUUCAACCAGUCUCACGGCGAGUGCAUCCUGUGGCCGGCGGUGCGCGACCUGCUCAUCAACUUCACGCUGCCGCCCGACGCGCCGCCGCCCGCCGCGCCGCCGCCGCCCUAGCGCCCGCCCGCGCCCUGCCCCACUACGGCGUACACGAUUGAUAAUGCUGCUCAUUCCGUUGCGCAUUAUCUCUAAACUAAAACGUCGGGUCUAAGGUUGAAAUCUUAUACACCGCACUUUGACUUUUCUUAGACUUAAAUUUCAGUUAAAACGAGACAGAUGUAUGCCAGCGGUGUAACCCUGUCUCGUUUUAACAGUGUCUUAAGUCUGAGCACAGUCAAAGUGCGGUCUAUAGAUCUCGGCCGAAAAGCCAUUCUGCCGUCAAUCGAUAAGUUUCUUAGCGACAUUGAUAUUCAUUUUUAAAAAUUGUAUGAACUUUUCCGCUAAUAAUAAUGUUGCUAACUUAUUGACCGAUGAAUCAGAUGGAUUGAAUAUUGAAACCGGAUGUUAGUAAGAUUGUGCACUAGAAUUAGCACCAUGAAAUUACGUAAUUAUUUAUUUUGUAAAUCACUCAAUAGCAGCUUGCAAACAAGAGCAGAUUUGUUCUCACAAACGAAUUUGGUUUUUACUUAACUUUUUGUAAACAUCUUAACAAAAGUUAUUUCAUACUGGUAAAGAACAAUAGGUCCUUCUAGACAAGAGUCAGUAAUAUAUUUAAUGAAGUCAAAAAGUUUAUCUUAAAAUACUAAUUGAUUUUAUGUAUUGAUAUUUUGUCAAAUUAUGAACUUAUUGCAUACGUUUAGUUAUUCAUAGUGUUCAUAAUGUAAGUUCAAAGGAUGAAAUAAUGAAUUAAGAUACUUGUAAAUUUGUACAAAUAAAAAAAAUAUUGCCAGUA